AUGGAGAACACAUUCAUUUCUGAAGAUCCUGGUUUUAUCUUACAAGAUGAUCUAUUUAGAUCAAUUGAAACCGACUUGAGUCAACCCCAGCAGGAGGAAGAAAAUAUUCUUAUUCAGCUAACUGAUGCCUCAACGAAGCCAUUGAAGGUCCUUAAAUUAGAAUAUACAAGUGAUCUUCCGGAAUAUCCAUCUACUGAUCCUAAUGGAUAUGGGUAUGUUAUAAAUGUGCCGCCGAAUCAGCAGAGGGAAACUGUAGAGGACAUGGUUAACAGUAUUCAGUACUGUGUUCGACAAAAUUAUCGCAACCGGCCUUCCAGCCAUUCUUCAUUCCUAGGAACAUCAUAUACUAGCUCCUCUUAUAGAUGUUCUGGUAUAAAGAUCUGUGAAUAUGCCGGUAUACAACUGAAAAAUAUGCAUCACACUCAUGUUACAGAUGAUUUAUGGACAAUUUUGCAAGAUAUUCGACAGCGCAUUCAUGAGAUGGAAAGAGAUACAACCAAAGAUGCUGCAUAUAGAUUUUAUCGAUCAGCAAAAAAUCUCUUUAAAAAUCAACUAUCUUGUUAUCACUUUCAGAAUUCUUGCCAGCCUAAGUUAACCCAAAGCUCCAUUCCGAAUCCUCUAGGUGGUUUCGAUUUCUAUGUUAGAUGCAUCAAUGCACCAUCAGACCCUGCAGGUCAUUAUACCUAUAGAGUUCCAAAGAAUGGCUCAGUGCACCUUCAGUUUCUUGAGGGAUUGUUGAAUAAUGAAAUUAUUAUGGAUAUGGAAGAGUGCGGUGCUGUUGAAUCGAUCAAGUCAAAGUCACUGUAUUGUGCAUAUGAUCAUCCUCAGGGACCUGGAAAAUUAGUACAUGCUAAAUGUAAUGUGACUUUCCAUUGGUUAAUUCCCACUGAUUUAAGUCAAAAUCCAUAUUUUGUCUUUAUGUCUCAUGGUGUUCAUACACAUGUUCCUCCACCUCCACGAAAGGCACCUGCAAAAAUUAUGAAUGGAAUUCUGCAAUCGAUAAAUCAGGCUCGGAGCCCAAGCUUGACACUGGGUACAUUUCUUAAAAGUCCAGCAUUACAAUCAUUCUGUGCUGAGCAUAAUUGCCAUACAAUUCAGCAAAUUCAUGAGAGUUUCUCAAAUAUGGACCCAAUUCAAGCUGUCAUUCGAAAACAAAGACUUCUCCAUUAUCCAGCUGGUCAGAAUGUCAAUGGUGUAAUGUUCGAAUUAGGAAAGAACAAAGAUCUUCAGGAGUACAUACAUGAAGUUUAUCAACAAAAUGAUCAGAUCAUGAUAAUAUGCAUUCUGAAAGAGCAAGCUGAAUUACUUCAUACAUUAUCUUCUAUAGAGAUUGAUAUGUCAUUCAAACGAGUACAAUCAAAAGAGAUGAAGGAGGUGGUAUUUGCCACAUAUUUAGCAGAUCAGAAAAAGAUUAUGACUCUUUGUCGUGUCUUUACAACUGAAGACACUACAGAGGGCUAUUAUAUCUUAUUCAAGAAGAUCUAUCAUAUUGUGUAUAAGUUGACAGGCAAGAGGAUUACCUUUCGUGCCCUACAUGGUACUGGUUGUCACAACCUGGCUUCUCUCGUGUCGUACCUAGGGUUCUAG